UGAUAAAUAUUAAUCUUUUCGGAUUAGAUGUACCUUUUACGUAUAUGACUUAUCGACAUAACAAUAAUUGCUUAACUUUUAGAUGGUUAAAUCCGCGAAUAGAUUAUCGACUCGUUCAACUUCUACGUCAUCCAUUCUUCGACGUCAUAUAUCGGGGCCAUCAACAACUGGACAAUCUGAAAAUAACGAAACGGAUCAACGGUGUCCUACAGCUGUUGCCGGGCGGGGUGAUGCUAAAGGAACAAUUGGUAUUUGUUGUUAUGAUUUCUUAUCGACGACACUCAUUCUUUCUGAAUUCAGUGAUUUCUUAUCGUAUUCACGUUUGCUUUCAAAAUUAGAAACAUUGGCACCUGACGAAGUUCUUAUACCAGCGUCAAACAAUUCUGUUACAGAACGAGUUCGUUUGACUGAUGCGAUCAGUGCUCAUCACACUCAAAUAAAACUUGUUAAUCUACAUCGAAAAUAUUUCUCACCAGAACAUGGACGUGAACAGUUGCAAAAACUAAUGACCAAUGACCGAGGACAAUUUCUUUUACAUCGAUUGGACGAAAAAUAUUACUGUACAUCAGCGUGUGCUGCUUUGUUCCGGUACCUUGAACAUCAGUAUGAAAUGUUUUUUUUCGAGAAAAGUGUACAUAUACAAGUACAAAAUUCCGAAAAAUGUGCUUUUUUCGACUUGGCUAGUGCGCGUUAUCUAGGCAUCCUUGUCGAUUUUGCUUCGUCGAAUCAAUGUGGAUUAGCACCGGGUUUUCAAUCACUUUACAGCAUUUUACAAGCAACGAAAACCAAAAUGGGUGCACG